AUGACGACGAACACUGGUGCAACAUCAGGUAUGGUUGGUUCUUAUAAUAAUAAUUCUUCUCCUCAAUUAGCAUUGAUUGAAUCAGCAAUACCAUUGAUUAAAAAGGCAAUUGAGAAAUUGAAAAUCGAUUUCUCAUUAUCAUAUUUAGUUUUAGCAGAUUUUGGAUGUUCACAUGGAGCAAAUUCCAUCUAUAUAAUGAAAAUCAUUGCAAAUUUCAUUAAAGAUAUUCAAAAUUGGAAAAAAUCUUUUCUUUUUAUUCAUAAUGAUUUACCAACAAAUGAUUGGAAAGAAUUAUUUGAUUUAAUUAAUCAACAAGAUCAAUCAUAUCAUGGAUUAGCAAAUGGUUGUUCAUUUUAUGAAGCUUGUCUUCAACCAAAUUCAUUAACUAUUGCUUUUUCAUCUGCAUCAAUUCAUUGGCUUUCACGAAAACCUUGUAAUAUAUCAAAUCAUUGUAUAUCAAUAUAUGCACAAGGUGAAGAACUUCAACUUUUUCGAAAUCAAUCAAAAAUUGAUUAUGAAAAUUUUUUAAAAAAUCGUUCAAUUGAAUUAAUUGAAAAUGGAAUUCUUAUUUUAGUUAUUAAUUGUCUUAAUGAAAAUAAUUUAACAAUGACUGAAAGUGUAUAUGAACUUUUAUAUGAAUGUUCUCGAUAUUGUUUAUUAACAAAAGAAGAAUUAGAUGAAUAUACAAUACCUGUUUAUAUUCGUUCAUAUGAUGAAUGUAUUGAUAUUAAUUUAUUUAAGAAAUAUUCAUUUGAAUUAAUUGAUUCAACAACAUCUUGUGUAGAUUUUCAAUUUUAUGAUCAAUUAAUGAAAAAAGAAUUAACUUUAGAUACAUUUGCUAAAGUUCAAAUGGGUGUUAUGAAAAGUGCAACUCAAUCUAUUUUACAACAAACAUUACAAUUUAGUAAAAAACGAUCAAAUCAUGAAAUUAUUCAAUUAACUGAUCGUUUUUGGAAUUAUUAUCAUGAUCAAGUUAAAUUAAAUCCUGAACGAUUUCAACUUAAAUGUUGUCAAACAUAUCUCAUUUUAAAAAAAAUUUCAAAUAAAUUAUAA